AUGAAGUCCAUUUCAGUCGCUGCCCUCUGCGGCAUCUCAGUUGUUCUGGCUCUGCCUCUGGAGGAUAGAUCCGACUAUGCUGUACACAACUCCCAUUAUGUUCCCCCGGGAUGGGAGCAAACCGGCAAACCAAGUCCUGACCACACUGUCACUCUCCGUAUUGGAUUGAAGCAAGCUUCGUUCGAUCAGCUUGAGAAAGAGCUGUACGAAGUGAGCGACCCUAGCCACUCCCGCUACGGUCAGCACCUGUCAACCAGUGACAUUCACGCACUCACUGCGCCGACUGAGGAUGCUCUUGUUGCGGUUGAGGCGUGGUUGCAGGGCCACGGCAUUUCUGCAGACAAUUUCCACUACAGCCCGCCAAAGGAUUGGAUCACGAUCGCCCUUCCGGUCUCAAAAGUCGAGAGUCUUCUCAACACUGAGUAUCACGAAUACCGCCACGAGAACGGUGCCGAAGUCGUUCGAACGACAGAAUACAGCUUGCCACGCUCGCUGCAUGGCCACAUCGACGUGAUCCAGCCAACAAACUAUUUUGGAAACCCAAAGCAUCACGGUUCUGGAGUCCACAUCGCCGAUUUUGAUCUGCCAGUGAGCAAGGUGUCAAAUAGCAGACUCACUGUUGCCGCGGCGGCUGCACCAAGUGCAAACAUUAGUGCCAUUUGCGCCAACCCGACCAACUCUGUCUCCAGCUUAUGCGUGCGCACACUGUACAACACUGUAGAUUACAUCCCCAAAGCCCCGCUCAAGAACUAUGUCGGCAUUACGAAUUACCUCAACGAGACACCAUCGGAUGCCGACUUUCAUCUCUACAUGGCAAGCAUGCGCCCAGGCUCUGAUCCAACCUACCAAUACAGCAGACAACUCAUCGCAAACCCGGCAGACAAUCAGCUCGAUCCAGGCGUCGAGGCGAACCUGGAUGUCCAGGCAGUAGGAGGUAUCGUGUACCCAACACGAUUCACAUCCUACAGCACAGGAGGCUCACCGCCAUUCACGCCGGAUCUUUUUACUCCCACCAACACUAAUGAGCCAUACCUCACCUGGCUCGACUAUGUUCUCAAGCAGAAGGAAGUCCCAUUCGUCAUUUCCACCUCAUAUGGUGAUGAUGAGCAGACUGUUCCUCGAAACUAUGCCAUUCGAGUGUGUUCGGAAUUUGCUCAGCUGGGAGCUCGCGGCGUCACCUUGCUUUUCUCAUCUGGUGAUCAAGGCGUGGGAGAAGAAGGAUUCUGCGUGUCGAAUGAUGGCAAGAAUACCACCAAAUUCCUCCCGUCUUUCCCCGCUUCCUGUCCUUUUGUCACGACUGUUGGUGGCACGAGAGAUUUCUCUCCAGAGCGGGUAGCGUUCGAUGAGGGCAACGGAUAUGUCGCUGGCGGAGGUUUUUCUGAAUACUUUCCUCGUCCCGCUUACCAGGCCCUCGCAGUACCGCCCUACCUUGCCUCCCUCGGCUCUCUCAACAAAGGCCUUUACAACCCCAAUGGUCGUGCAUAUCCCGACAUCUCCGCGCAAGGGUACAGAUUCCAGAUCUAUUAUCAAGGUCGUAGUGUUGCCGUCGAUGGCACAAGUGUCUCCUCGCCCAUCGCUGCAGGGGUUUUGACCAAUGUCAACGACGCACUCAUCGCUGCUGGGCGACCUCCACUCGGUUUUCUCAAUCCUUUGCUCUACUCGGGGCAGGGAAAUGGCUACAACGACAUUACCGUCGGCAAUGUCACAGGCUGUGGUACGAGUGGGUUUCCCACGAAGAAGGGGUGGGACGCUGCCACUGGCUGGGGCACUCCGGACUUCAAGGCGAUCACAAAGGCUUUAGGCGUCGGUGGCUACAUGUAUUGA